CCCGCUGAUUGGCUCGCUGGCUGAAAGGCUGCUAAGUGACGCUAGGAUGAAGAGCUAACGGGAUAAGGUGAUUUAUUAAUUUUACCGAAAGGAUUCGUCAUGGCGAAGCUGUGGAAUCCAUGGAAGGAUAACAAACUGCAUUAAAAAGCGCCUGAUACAGACUGAAUGACUGACUGAGGAAAUGAGUGAGAAGAAAACCUGCUCCCGACCAGGACAAGAUCCCUAAGAGCCAGGGGCUAUCUGGCUUCAUCACAGAUACCAGAGGAGUUCCCGGAUUCCACUGGGAAGGAGAACAACAUGAGACUUCCUAAACGCUGGGCAACAUACCGGUGUGGGUUGGUACUGUGUGUGGUUGUAGUUUUGCUGGUUUUGGUAGUUUUUCUACCAUGGUUUGAGACAGAGACCAGCAAACCUCUGGCUUGGCACGUCAACAAUGCACAUAAAAAGCAGGUGCACGAGCUCGUGCACAGGGUUUUGAAGAGUCCGUGUCGUCCCGGCAGCGCCAGGAAGAGCUUGUUAGCUCGACUUCGUGAUACCACUCACAUGACCCAGCCCUUCCUGUGGAGGGAUGUUCCGCUCCCUGAUGACCUCUUCCUGUAUCCGCCGCCAUUUGGCUUCAGAAGUCUUCGGGGCAAUGUAGAAGACCUGCUUAAGCUGCUGCCAGAAGCAGACUCCAUUCCACUGCCUGAAAAGACGGAUAAGUGUCGCCGCUGUGUGGUUAUGGGAAAUGGAGGCAUUCUCAGAGGCCUGGAGCUGGGCCCACUGAUCAACCGCUUUGACACCAUUAUCAGGUUAAACAGUGGCCCUCUGGGAGAGUUCAGUGUUGACGUUGGAAAUAGAACCAGCAUCAGGAUGAGUUACCCAGAGGGAACACCGCACCGCUGGAUCGACACAGACCCAGACACUGUGUUUGUAGCUGUGGUGUAUAAAAGUGUGGACAUCAGCUGGAUCUCUGCUAUGAUGAAGAAGCUCACUGUGCCUCUGUGGGACUGGCUCUUCUUCUGGCAGAAGGUUCCAGAUCAAAUCCCUCUUGAGCCCCACAGGUUCAGACUUCUAAACCCAGAAAUCAUCAAAGAGACUGCGUUGGACCUGCUGGAAUACCCUCCACCCAGACAACGCCUGUGGGGAAGCGACCAGCAGAAUGUGCCUACCAUGGGUAUCUCUGCACUGAAUUUAGCCAGUCUGCUGUGUGACGAGGUGAGCCUGGCGGGCUUCAGCUACAACCUGUCCCGGCAGGGGGCGCCACUGCACUACUAUGACCACCUGCACAUAAACGCCAUGCUGAAGCAGACUUCCCACAACGUGGACAGAGAGACGGAACUCCUGCUAAGCCUAGUGAGAGAGGGAGCCGUCACCGACCUGACACAAGGGAUCCACUGCUCCUUCUGCCCCAGCUGACACAGCAAUUUUACCAAUAGACUUUCUUUACCGACCAAUGAUUUAUAAUAUGUUAAUGAUUUUCAUUUGUAUCAGGUAUUAUAAACAUCAGCAAUUAUAGGCAUUGGGUUGAUAGUAUCAAUGCAUAGAUAUGUCACCCACCUUUUGAAUUUAGAACUACUUCAAAUGGUAAUACGAUAUUGUGUUAUUGGUGCCAUUAUACAGUAGUUCUCCAAGUACGUUGAGGUAAAACGUUUCUAUCAACAGACAUCCCUAGUAAGUAAGUAAUUUUCGAAGCAGCUGUCAAAUACAUGUAUGUACAAGUAUUUGAAAAAGUAUUCCUUCGCAGUUUAAUUUAUUUUAGUUUUAAAGGUUUUAAAUGUGUUAAGUUCUGUGCUCUCUACAAAAUAUUGUGACAUACUAGUAUUUAUCAGCACAUCUAUCUCAUUCCAUUAUAAAUUAACAACAGUUACUUUGUUAGUUCUGUCUAUGGUGGUACAAGAGCUCUGAUUUAUUAAUAUAUAUAUAUAUACAGUAUAUAUAUUCAAAUGGCUGGUCUGUAAAAAUUAAUUGUUUUGAAAAAGAUUUUUUUUUUUUUAAACUGUAUUUUUAUUGUUCCACUGCACACACACUUGUUGUCGUUCAUGUGCUCAUUUCUUUUGAGCUUAAGCUUUUAAAUGAAAUUGAUUUCAGUUUCAGAAUCAUUUCAAAGUUAUGUGUGUUCUUAUUACUUAUGUUGUUUAACAAUUAAGAUUAAAGGGUUUACAUGUCC